AUGACUGGUAAAAUUUAAAAAAUCAUCCAAUAGAAUAAUUAGAAGAAAGAGCUCAAAGAAUUUUUGGAAAAUUAUCAUAGAUUUAAAAUAACGUAGAGGGAGAGAAAUAAUAAAAAUUCAAAAUGAUUCUUGGAUAUAUGCAGAGUAUUGAAUUGGUAAUAGAAGAUGUUUAAUAAUAAAAAAAUUAAAAAUUUUUGGAUCUAGCUGAAAAAGUAAAUCAGUUUUAAUUAAAAGUUUAGUUACAGAGAUUAAAAUAAAUAUUAGAUAGUGAAAAGGAAGCAAGAGAUCAGAUAGAUGAGAAAAUGAGAAAAGAAAUUUUAUCAGUUGAAAAGAAUUGCAAAAAUCUCUUAAAUAGUUUCGGCAAAGAAAGAUUAGAAACAGAAAAACGAGUUUUUUAUAAUCUAUCUUAAUAAGUGGAAUCAUUAUCAAUAGAAAUAUAGAGAGAAUUUCAUGAUAAAUCAGAAACUUAAAAUAAAUUACUAGAGAUAUAAAAUGGUAAUGUUUUUAUGAUUAAUUCAUAAAGAAUAAAUUCCAUAAUUUUAUUAAGAGUUAGAGUAAGAAGUUAGAAUAAGAGAAGAAAUUGAAGAUAAGAUAGCAUAAUAAUUUAAUGAAUAAUUAGAUGAAUUGAAAAGAAUAUUUGAUAAUUAAUAAAAAUAAAGAGAAUAAAGAGAGGAAGAAAUAAUAAGAAUUCUUAAAAAAAUAUAUUAAAAUGCUUAUGAUGCUUGUAAAAGAAGUAGAGCUGAAAGAGAAAGAAAUGAAGACUUAUUAGUUAAAUUAGUAGAAUAAGUAGUUGAAAAGAUUAAAAGAGAAAUAAUAGAUUCUGAUUUUUGA